CGGCACAAUUCAGAGUAAACAAACCUUGGGUUUUUUAUCUGACUCGUUUUGUGGACAAAAAAGCAAGGAAUGUUAUCCGCAGUGUUGCGAGGAGGUAGGGUGGCAAUACAUACAGGUCUUAGAUCUUGGCGAGCUCUUUCGUCGUUAGUGAACAAUGGAAGCUGCCGAAUACUAAAGUCACCGCCUCUUGUAUCCCUUGACCUGCUUGAUGACUGGAGUUGCAGUACUGAUCAGGACCAUCAGGGAAGCGUUGCUUUUCCAAAUCAUUCUAACCAGCUCAAUACUGCUUUGAUUGAUGGGAAGGCAAUUGCUGAAGAGAUUCGAUCCAAGAUAGCUAAUGAAGUGAUCCGGAUGAAGUCAGUAAUUGGAAAAACCCCAGGCUUAGCUUUAAUUUUAGUGGGCGACAGAAGAGAUUGCCAGAUUUAUGUUCGUAAUAAAAUCUUAGCCUGCAAAGAAGCUGGAAUAAGGUCAGAAGUUGCAGAAUUACCAGAAUGCUGCUCAGAAGAUGAAAUUCUCAGUGCUUUGACCAAUUUCAACGAGAAUCCUGAAAUUCAUGGUGUUCUUGUACAGCUUCCUCUUCCAGAGCGUUUGGACGAGGGGAAAAUAUUGAGCAUGCUGCCAUUGGAAAAGGACGUAGAUGGAUUCCAUCCAUUGAAUAUGGGGAACCUAGCCAUGAAAGGAAGGGAGCCACUUUUUAUUCCGUGCACUCCCAAGGGUUGCGUUGAGCUGUUGCUUAGGUCUGGGGUGGAAAUUAUGGGAAAGAGAGCAGUAGUAAUUGGGAGGAGCAAUAUUGUGGGACUACCUACAUCCUUGCUUUUGCAGAGACAUCAUGCUACAGUCACUGUUCUACAUGCCCUUUCAAAGAACCCGGAAAAGAUUUCACGCGAGGCUGAUAUUGUGGUUGCUGCUGUGGGUAUUCCAAAUUUAGUUCGUGGAAGCUGGCUUAAACCAGGUGUUGUAGUUAUUGAUGUUGGUACAUAUCCAAUAGAGGACCCUAGCUCUGAUCACGGUUAUCGGCUUCUUGGAGAUGUAAGCUAUGGAGAAGCGGUUAAUGUGGCAUCCGCCAUCACCCCUGUGCCAGGAGGUGUUGGGCCUAUGACAGUUGUUAUGCUUUUGUUGAACACGCUUGAAUAUGCAAAGCGUUUUUAUGGAUUCAGUUGAUAUAAGUGUGUAGAUUAUGUAGGAUUGUCUAGAGAGUACUCCUCAUGUUAAUUUUGUUUUGGGAAAUAAUACAUUUUCAGUCCCACCUUGAGAGUAACCCAAGGAAAAUUCUCUCAUAGUAGAUUUGAUAGGAAACAAGGUUGUGAGGAUAGAUCAUGAUUUAUCUUCCUUGGAUCAACAGAUUUGACGAGAGCCUAAUAGAAAAAAUAUGUAUAUGAUUCAAUGCAAUGUAAAAUCAUGGCGAACACUCGGCCCAUCGGGCGAACAUGCCGGGCUCCGGCUGUAAUUUUAACACUUAAACGGUCCUUUUUUGCUCACAUAAGGUUAAUUGUAGUUUCAAGUGCAAUCGAUAAGAUGUGUGCAAGGUUAUUGAUAGUAAGAU